AUUUUCAUUUUUGGGUGUACUAUCCCUUUAACUAAUGAAUGGCCCUGAUGUGUAGUUCUGAAGGCUUGAUGAUUGAUUCUGCUGUAUUUCAAUAUUAAAUCAGAUUUAUGUAUGCAAAAUUAUGCUAAUGUUGUUCAUGACUAUUUGAACAUGACAUGACUAAAAUACAGAGUGUCUGUGUGUGAGCAGCAAUGUUUGCAUGUCAUUGAAUAUCUCAAAGAGCUCAAGUAGCAUACACUAGCAGCGGUUUAAAACACACCCUCUCAAAUCACCCCUCUUUAUGUUUCUUUCCCUCUGUUGCUUAGGUAACAUGAUGUCAGCACAACCCCGACCAACACCUUGAAGACUCAUCACCAAAAUAUGAUCCUGUCCUCAACGUGAGCAGCAAAUACAGAAUCAUCAAUCUUGUGGGUGGCACUGAGGUCCUUCUGAAGUACACAGUGUGGUGCAGCUACCCACAACACACACAGAGCCGUUGCUCUUGGCAGCUGGAGGAUAUUUUCAUUUCCAUAUUGGAGCGUUACGAGAGCUGCGAUUCGCUCAUUUCUCCCACAGCCGUGAGUGUGUGUAUGUGAGUGAGUGUGAGCUUGGGGGGACACUGAGAAGGACGGCAUCUAAAGACGAGUCUUCACUGCCUGGCCCCGUAUCGCUGCCCGUGGAGGCUGGCAUCAGGGCCAGCUGAUGCCACAGCAGAUCUGAGGCAGCUGCAGUCACAGAGGCACAGACAUGCAUCUCAGCACUGCACCUGCAGUGGGUCGCAGGAGGAGAGGAAACCCAGAUAGCCAAGGGCUGUUAUGUGUGCUGAGUUUGUGUGCUACGUUACUGCAGUUAUGUGCCAGCUGUCCUUCAGAGUGUGUGUGUAACUCAUUGGAAGCUAACUGCAGUGGGCGGAGUCUAGUAACUGUGCCCACUCUGUCCUCUUUUCCGGAGGGUACGCACACCCUCCUCCUGACCAAUAACCGCCUCUCCUCCCUGCCCGUCUUUGCCUUUGCCAACCUGAGCACCCUGGAGACACUCGACCUAUCCAACAACUAUCUGGACAACCUGCCUUCCAGACUGUUCCGGGAGCUGGUUAAUCUGAGCGAUCUGAGUCUGCGCAACAACAGCUUGACAGUUUUGAAUCGCGAGCUAUUUCGUGGCCUGACCCAGCUGCGGAGGCUGGAUCUGUCACUGAACGGCCUUGCCGCAGUGCCGCUGGGCCUGCUGGAUGAGCUGCAAGGGCUGACCUGGCUCUCCUUGGCUGGGAACAGACUUCACGCACUAGAGAGAGCCACAUUUGAACCUCUCCUCAACCUUCAGCAUCUCGAGCUGGGCAUGAACCCCUGGGAGUGUGACUGCAACCUGAGAGACUUCAAGCACUGGAUGGAGUGGCUGAUAUACCGAGGUGGUUAUGUCGAUGCGGUUGGGUGUACACUUCCAAAGGACUUAAGGGGGCGUGACAUCAGGGGCGUACCUGUGGAGAUGUUCAACUACUGUUUGCAAUUAGAGGAUGAGAAUGGGGCUGGGACUGGGAGCACAAAAGGUGGAUCUCCACCAUGCGCUCGGGCAACGGCCGCUCCGUCGUCUGAAGGUGCAGUGGUGCGUACCGAGGCGGAGCUACCAGACUGUGUGAAACAACGAUAUCGGCCGGUCAGUGUUCGCAGGGCGAUCGGUACUGUUGUUAUCGCUGGUGUGGUCUGUGGAAUCGUGUGUAUCAUGAUGGUUGCUGCAGCAGCAUACGGCUGCAUUUAUGCCUCUCUGAUGGCAAAAUAUCAGCGAGAGCUAAAGAAGAGGCAGCCGUUGAUGGGUGAUGCAGAGGCAGAAGCCGACCCAGAUGAGAAACAGAUCUCAUCAGUUGCAUAGGGGAAUGAGAGGAGGGGUCAGAGUUCAGAGGUCAGCCGCUAAUAUAAAGAACCUUUUACUGGAUGAGCUGCACAUUGGAUGAUCACUUAGCUGCCCAGCGGAGGAUUUGUCAUCCCUGUUUCCUGUUUCUCUGUCCUUCCUGAGACCCGCUCUCACUCUCAGACUACUUAAUUCUAUUUAAACUUUGACCUUUAUGCCCCAGGACAAGAGGGACCACUCAGCACUUUAGAAAAACCCCAACCUUCAGCAAGAUUGAGAGGAGGUGUGGAUGCUACUGUUCACAGUUCUGAACCUUGAUGUUUCUAGAGGAUCAUGUGCUGUCAUUAGCAUUAGCCUCUGUAGCAGCCUAAACAUCAACCCACAUCCCCAAUGAUAACUCUAACCCUAAACCCCAACACGGAUCCCAAACCCCAACCAUAGACCUUAACCUUAACCCUGACUCCUAAUCCCCAACCUUAAUCAUAGUAACUAACCUUAAUUCCAAUCUUAAUCCUAACCUUGAUCCAAACCUCAAACCCCAAUCCUUAUACCAAACCCUAAACCCAAUCUUAAUCCUAAUUCCUAAUGUUGACCCUUACACCCACACUAAUCCUAACCUCAACCCUAAUCCUUAAUGUCGAAACUAACCCCCAACCCUUACCCUACUACCAAACCUUAAUACUAAUCUCAAUCCUAACCCCUGACCUCAACCCCCACCCUUAUCAUAAUCUGUAACUCUAAACCCCAAUUCUAAUCCUAUCCCCAAACCCUAGUCCUUAACUUUAUCGGCCAACCCUUACCUUCAACACUAACCCUGUGUGAACUGAACGUAACCCCCACGUAUCAUAUCUGAAAUAUUCCCACUUUAUUUAUCAGACAUAAUAUAUUCUAUACAAUGUGAAGUGACCCCAGUUUUCAUAUUUUUAAGUGUGAGGUUUGUCCUCUGUAUUGUGUGAUAAUAAUUUGUGUUGAAAUCAUUGUUUUGUUUGAUUAUUUGCUGUUUCUCCAUGUUCAUCUCUAAAAUUCAGAAGUGUUUUUUGUAAAACUAGAAGAAUCCAGCCCUGGUGUCUAUCGUGAAGUGUCUUGAAGUAUUGUGAAGUGCUAAUGUAGAGCAGGCUGUUGAGGUUAGUUCAGGGUGGGAGAAUGGGCUAAUUGAACUCGCUAUUAGAAAUGUUAAUUACACCUUGGAAUAAGACUUGGUGGGUAAAAAAGCACAGUGGCCCAAGAGGAUAGCUGCUCUCUAAACAAAAACAGAAUGGCAAUAGCUGAGAAAGAAAUAAACUGUACCUUUAUUAAGAUAAAGACUUUUCUGUGCAAUAUAAAUCAAUGUAUUUGUUGAUGGUUUGUUUAAUUCUGGGCUAAGGUGUCAUAGCUGAUUUGGGCAGAUCUUCUCUUGGGCUGCCGAUGAAAGAGUUGAUUGCCUGUGCAAUCAAUUUUUGCUUGUGGACCAAUUUGCAUAAUCUGCUUCUAUUUGAGGGCAGAAGUGGUUUCAGCUAAACUUUUCAGAUACAUUUCACUUGGACUUUCGGGAACCCACAGAUAAUACCAAAAUAAGCUUUUCUGCUGCAAUCAACCUCAGUGACUGGACAAAAAAGUUCUUUCAGAGUGGAGAGUGAGAAGUCUGACAAAACUAGCUGCACACUCUGUUAAUGUGAAAAAACUUUUUCCCCUCUCUGCAUUGUUCAGUACUUAGAAUAGGUUAUAAUGUUAUUAAUAUCAAGCGUAAGGCCAUCAAGUAAGCUGAUGGCACAAUGCUGCCAUCUGUAGGAAGGAUGAGCAGUAGGCAGAAGGGUGUGGAGCAAACAUCACACCACCUCAUCAGGACUUAGCAGAUGCUCUCCCGCUGUAACAAUAGCAACAAACCCUCCCACACAUUAUUCAUUACCAAUGCAAAUUACUGAUAUGGUUUCUUGCAAAAAGUUGUCAAUGUAAGUGCAACUAAUAUGUGUGCUAUGACCCACACCAGCAGUUAUGAAUCUAGGACUUUAUCUCUGUGUUCAGUGAUAUUUGCAGCCAUAUGCUAAGUAUAUAUAAAUUCAGAUUACAGAUACAUUUAUUUAAAAGUAUGUUGAAUAUAUAUUUUGAUCUGUGUCUUACAAACUGUUUAUGAAAAAUAGCUUGAUGGCAGAAAAAGCCCAGUUGUAAUUAAGUGUACCCUUUUGCAGAGGAACUCCUAAAAAAUUAGCUCCAGCUUUUGAAUUCAAAGAAAACAUAUGAAUUAUUAAUGAGGGGACUUUUGUCUAGUUGAUGUGGUCUCUCCAGCCAUUUCUGUUCAUUUAACUCUUAUUUUAUACAGCAUGUGUCUUGGGCCUGUACUCUGCUCGGGGCGACAAAACACAUACCCUGUAACCUUGAAAGCACUUUUGCCACUAGACAAUUACUUUGUCAAAUUGCACUAAUGCGAAUAUUCUCAAAAGUGAGCACUUGCUUGUGUAUUUAUGAUGUCAGCAAUGCGCUUUAUCUGAAUAUCAGCCGACAGAUCAGUUGUGAUGUAAUAUCAGUGAAUAUGAAGGGUGAUUUAUAAAUGUGCAAUGACACAGCUAGGGUGUGUUUACUCUCUACAUUGCCUGAGCUCUGUCCCAGCCUUACACAUGAGAGCAGGGACACAACACACACAACACUACACACCCGCGCUAAAUAAAGGCUUUCUAAAUCCUGUGGGAUGGAUAAGAGGAAAGGAUUUGCCCAUUUGACAGAGCUGAAAGCAUCUCUAUCUUUAUGAAGUUCUGGUUUAAUAUCUUAUAGCUUAUUGAUGUGACCCUUUCUUCACUGACCUUUUUUCUAAGAAUUGUUAUGAGAUCCUUCUUUAUAUUUUCGCUUGAUAAAAAGCAGUUUGAAAAAUGAUUUGUGAGCUGUGAUUUUAUUCUGUGUUAAAGAUUAAUAAAGAAUGUAUUUCCUUAAAAAGUUGAGGUAUACGA